ACACUUCUCGUGAAAAUGAACGUGAAAAAUCUUAUUGCAUCAAUAGCUCAGAACUACUUUUAUUCCGAUUCCCCCGCCAUGAUGAAAUUUCCGCGAUGGAUGGGGAAACAAAUUUAAUCUCAAUUUUUAUUUUUACGUGGUAUCUGAACGGCUCCUAUUCCUUUAGGGUUUCGAUUCGUUUUCUUGUUUCUAGUUUGCAUUAAAUAUUUACUACGAAUGGGCUUGUGAUAUAUAGCUCAGUUGGCAAGCCUGUUGUCUCCUGAGCCGAUGUCCGCGAGUUCGAGCCCAAGAGUAGGGGAGAAUGAGGAUACUUGAUCCCUGGGGAUACUUGAUUCCUUAUCUAUAUCUCGAAACUGGAAUGUCUUACAAAGAUCAAAUGUUCUAGAAAAAUGUGCCAAUAUGAGCAAAAUAACAAUGCUUGUAGUUUAAAAUUUUUUAGCAAAAUAAUUGUUUGAGUAAUUGAACUUUGUUUGAAAAAUUUCUCACAAUGUAACUUGAAGAUCUUUUUUCAUCACUUUAAAAUGUUCCUUACAUGGGAAAAUUAUGAAAAAAAUAUUUGUUCCAAUGUAUAAAUCGUUCGAGCGUAAAAUGAACUUCAUACUGCCAUAUUUUCAAAGCAAUGGAAAACUCUCAACUUUUUUCAGAAAAAGUUUUCUAAAAUGUUGAUUAUGGGUACAAUUGAUCCCCUAGAGUUAGGUACAAUUGAUCCCCCUUCCAAACGGCAUAUUCUUGUUCUGAAUUGAUCGUUAUGAUUGCUGAAUACGAAAUUACUAAUAUUUAUCCAAAAACUAAUAUUUAUCAAACAAUUGUCUGAAGAUAAGAGCAAAAAUAAUUAAUUUUCUCUUUAUUAUAAAAAAUAGCGCCUUCAAGUAUGCAAUGUUUUUAGCGUUGAGACAAAGUUAUAGAAUUUUCAUCUUAUGUCUGCUAUAAAUUGUGAAAUGAGAACAAACAUGACCAAAAGAGUCAAUUAACAUUCUAUCUUGGCGUUUUGUUUGAUUUUUAUACAAGGAUCAGGGCUUACUGAAUAAAAGAUCAAGUCUCCUUCAAUAGAGGAUCAAGUCUCCCCUAACAUCAGAAAAAUCGCAAUUUUUUUACUCAUAAGAAAAUGCCUCUAGCUCAUCAACGGGUUCAAGUAUCGUUCUAAUUUUUGGAGCAUAGAAACUUGAAGUUACAAGCUGUCAGAAAAUAUCAAAGUAGGCGAGUUGCUAAAUUUUUCCAAAAAGAUAUGGUGAAAAUAAGAAAAGGGGAUCAAGUAUCCCCACUCUCCCCUAAACAUCGAACGCAGUUGUACCGGAUAAGUUUUUCAAUAACGAUCCGCCAACUGCACCGUUAAUAAAGUCGCAAAUUUCAUAAAAAUGGUAAAACGACUAUAAGGUAUUUCCCGACUUGUCAACAGAACAGCUGAUUUCUCAUGUUUAUAAUUUUCGGCAUCUGGUGGUAGGGUAAAAAUAACAACAACACUACGCAUGUUCAAUGGUGCGAUAGUAACGAAACCAAAUUGACAGUGCAAUAUUAAUGGUUAUGCAAAAUUCUUGAUUUUUUAAACUAGCCUAAAUUAAAAAAUUGUAGGCAUGACAUACUUUGAAGGUAAUGUUGAUGUUAUGUGAUGUGAUGUUAAUUUGAAUAAAUUAUAUCUUAUGAAGAAAUAAUUUAACAGUGCUAAUAUCCCAAGUUCAAAAUGGCGACCAGUAGAUGUUAACAUUUUUCAUAACAAAAACAAAAUGCUACCCUACCACGAUCCAAGGUGUGUAUAUAUUCAGGAGGUGUUACCGAAUAUCGAAUUCCCGAUUCAGCCAUUUUGGCUAUGUAGGCUAUGCAACUAUGCGGAACUCAUGAAGUUUGUUUACCAACAAACCACCGAAAAGCUGAGCAAAAAAUAAACAAACUCAUUGAGAGCCCCGCUCACUCCUCGCCAACUUACUGUGAAAGUCGGAGAACCUAGUGUAUCAAAAGACCUUGCCACGAUCUGUCUCAGGAAAUACUCUAUAUAAUCGAAAGAAGAAAAAAACUACGAAUGUGACAGGUGUUUAUCGUAUAUUUAAUGUAGUUAAUGUUUCCGAAUAAUGAAUCCCACAAUUCGAUGGAAGUGUCGAGUUUGCUUUCAAGAUACCCGUAAUCGGAAGACUAAGAGCAUAUAUUCGUAUCCUGAUGUGAAUCAAAACAUAAACUUUUAUAACAUGUUGGCCACCGUUUGUUCCGAUGUAUUCAACAAUUCAACUGCUCAGAACAAUGUUCAGGAUAAGCUCUUACAGGAGGCUUUCGGCCUGCCAGAAAACCUCUGUUCGGAAUGCUGCAAACGCAUUGAGAGCGCAUUUGAGUUGGUUGAGCUUUGUACAGAAACAAAUCGCCGAUUUUGGGAAAUAUUGUUGAAAACUCAACGAGAAGCUAGCAAUACGGUGGCGAACGCAACGACCAGUACUGGGAGUAGUCAACGUGAAGAAUCUCUUCUGGAGGAUGACGAAAUAUCGAAGGAUGAAUCCUCCGAUACAGAUACCGGACACAUAUCAGACGUCGAUGAAUCAGUUCAAAGUAACUCUCAUGGGGAUUUUUUCAACUCAGAAGUUUCAAUUCCUAAGAAUACAAAAAAUCCUAUUAAGCGUAAGAUUCAGAAACCGGGAGAGAAAACAAGACGUUGGUUUAAUUGCGAACUGUGUUCAGAAGAAUAUAAGUACCCACCGUAUCUUCAAACUCACAUGAACCAGAAACACAAGAAUGAAGUAAUCCAAUGUGAUCAGUGCGAGUUGUUGUUUUUCAACGAAAAAAAAUUGGCACACCAUAAAAGCCUCCAUCUCACGGGCAAGGUUCACGAAUGUGACUUCUGCAAAAGAUGCUACCAAACGUCCAGCCAAAUGGUUGGACACAUUAGGAACGCACACCGGACCACGACUGAGCUCUUACUCUGCCCACAUUGUGGCAAAUGUCUAGCAAGCGAAAACGCUUACGCCGUUCACAUUAGGAAGCAUUCCGAAUCGAACCGGGUCCACCGAUGUCCGCAGUGUCCGUACAAAUCUUUUACGGCUGGAAGAUUGAACGAUCACAUGCUGACUCACACCAAGGAACUUCGUUUCGAGUGCGAACACUGCAAGUCACGAUUCACCACGAGAAAUGGAUUGAAAAACCACAUGGUCAAGCAUACGGGACAGAGACCCUACGCGUGUAGAAUGUGCGAUAUGAGGUUUUUAAGUUCGUCUACCAGAGAUGUACACAUUCGAACACACACAGGUGUAAGGCCGUAUCUUUGCCCAUACUGCGAAAGAAGAUUUUCUCAAAGCACUGACCUUAUCAAACACAGCCGAAUUCAUUUUGACGGGGACCCAUAUCCGUGCCAUCAGUGUGAUGCCAAAUUUUCGAAAAUGACGGAACUGCGUAAUCAUUAUAAGGUACAUUUCGAAAACAGGGAAGCCGAUGGUACAGAUAGCGGCGAGAGGGUAUUCAAAUUCAGUAUUGUGGAAAUGUUGCGGUUGAGAUACGAGAAGGACAAAGCUGCAGGACGAUUGCAACAAAGUGACUAGUGAGUCCGAGAUAAUUUUGCAAUGAAAACAACAAAACGAA